CGCCCGGGGCGGCGGGGCUGCGGGCUGCGGCGGGAUGGGCGCGCUCCGGGCCGGUGCCCUCGCCUUCCUCCUCCUCCUCCUCCUCGGCUGCCUCCUGCCCCGGCGCGGCCCGCUCAGGCUGGUUUCAGGGCGGGAGGAGAUUAAAGCUGGCUCCCGAGGCUCAGCCCAGCCCAUGUCACCCUCUGAUUUCCUGGACAAGCUCAUGGGACGAACCUCAGGGUACGACGCCCGCAUUCGACCCAACUUCAAAGGUCCGCCUGUCAACGUGACGUGCAACAUCUUCAUCAACAGCUUUGGCUCCGUCACUGAGACCACCAUGGACUACCGGGUGAACGUGUUCCUGCGGCAGCAGUGGAACGAUCCCCGCCUGGCCUACCGGGAGUACCCCGACGACUCCCUCGACCUCGACCCCUCCAUGCUCGACUCCAUCUGGAAGCCAGACUUGUUCUUUGCCAACGAGAAAGGGGCCAAUUUCCACGAGGUCACCACUGACAACAAGCUCCUGCGCAUCUUCAAGAAUGGCAACGUGCUCUACAGCAUUAGGCUGACCCUGAUCCUGUCCUGCCCCAUGGACCUCAAGAACUUCCCCAUGGACAUCCAGACAUGCACCAUGCAGCUGGAGAGUUUUGGCUACACUAUGAACGACCUCAUCUUCGAGUGGCUGGAGGAGCAGGAGGCCGUGCAGGUGGCAGAGGGCUUGACACUCCCACAGUUCAUCCUCAGGGAUGAGAAGGACCUGGGCUAUUGCACCAAGUACUACAACACAGGCAAGUUCACCUGCAUCGAGGUGAAGUUCCACCUGGAGAGGCAGAUGGGUUACUACCUGAUCCAGAUGUACAUCCCCAGCCUACUCAUCGUCAUCCUCUCCUGGGUCUCCUUCUGGAUCAACAUGGACGCGGCGCCAGCCCGGGUGGGCUUGGGCAUCACCACGGUGCUCACCAUGACCACGCAGAGCGCCGGCUCCCGCGCCUCCCUGCCCAAGGUGUCCUAUGUGAAGGCCAUUGACAUCUGGAUGGCCGUGUGCCUGCUCUUCGUCUUCGCCGCCCUGCUGGAGUACGCGGCCGUCAACUUUGUGUCGCGCCAGCACAAGGAGUUCAUGCGCCUGCGCCGCCGCCAGCGACGGCAGAGGAUGGGCCUGAGCAGCGGCACGGCCAGCCUGGAGUCCCUGCGGCAGCCGAGCAGCCGGCACAGCAGCGAGCACACCUACGCGACGCUCUGCAGCUCCCGGGAGGAAGAGCUGAGCCGCGAGAGCCGCUUCUACCUGCGGGGCUACGGGCUGGGCCCCUGCCUGCAGCCCAAGGAGGCGGCUGGGGAGGGCCCCGGAGCCUUCAGCCCCCCGGCCGUGCUGCGGGAAGGGGAGAGCCUCCGCAGGCGCUACCUGGACCGCGCCAAGCGCAUCGACACCGUCUCCAGAGCCGUCUUCCCCUUCACCUUCCUGCUCUUCAACAUCUUCUACUGGGUGGUUUACAAAGUGCUGCGCUCAGAGGACAUCCACAUGGUGCCCUGAGGCUGGAAAAGUAGGACUGACUGCCUCUUGGUGUCACCCCCACAGUGUGCUCAGGUGCCACAGGCUCAGCCAGAACUGCAUUUCCCUCUGUCCCGGAGCGGUGGCACAGCUGGGCUGGGCUUCAGAGCCUGGACGUGUGGCAGUCCCUGUGCCACACUGGAUUUUGUGGCACAAACUGGGGGGAUCAACAAUCACAGGUCCCCAUGGUCAGCUGGAGAGAGGAACCCCUCCUGCUUCCUGCAUGGUGUCACCCCCGGUACCCCGGCAUGCUGUACUGUCAGGGCAGGGAAACACCCCAGGAAUGCUGUGCUGUCAGGGCAGGGAAACACCCCAGGAAUGCUGUGCUGCCAGGGAACAGGGAAACACCCCAGGAAUGCUGUGCUGUCAGGGCAG